AUGGGGCCCGAAGGGCCCAUAUCUGGGCCGAGCGGGCGCCGCCAGGCUGCGCCGCCGCGUCACCCCGCCGCCAACGGCGACGCCGCCGUCCAGAAGUCCGCCCCCGUUCGCGCCGGGAGCCCCCGCCGCCGCCUAGAAGCACCGCCCGGGGUCGCUCCGUCCCGCGCCGGCGGACACCCGAGGAGGGGAAAAGCCAGGGGGCCGCCGCCACCAGCGUCGCCCAGGCCAGGCCCGCAGCGGGCGCCGGCGCCGGCGGCAGAGAGGAAGGGGGAGGGAGAGGCGCGCGGGGGAGAGGGCUGGGCGAGGCCGGCCGCCCGUGGGGGCGGCGCGGUCGCGGGAGUGGAGAGGAGCCUUAGUGGUUUUGAAAACGGACCUAACAAAAAACAUGAAGGAGUGAUUAGUGAAAUCGAUGAUAUACUUAUGUUAGCGUGA